CGUCACCAUUUAUCCGCAUGAUCUUCAAGCUCCCCCGAAGUGUUUGGCUUUGGUUCAAUAGAAAACUGAUUGUUUUUCUUCUUCUUUUUCUUUCUGUUUUUAUAAAACAAGAUCUAUCCGUCUUAGCAAUGCCAUGUCUCUCCCAGGCCUAGACCUCACACAACCUUCGGCGGACAACCAAUUUGCGCCCGCACCACCGUCCCAAAUCAGUCUGUCCAAGGGCUCGGAGUGGAGAUUCGAGAUUGCUUUCGGAAGAGUGAUUCGAGUCAAGCUCCUCGCCGGCACCGCAGAACUCUUUGGCACCGAACUCGCGCCAUCUCAGACAUACACCUUCUCCGGAACGAAAGGCGCAAUAUACACCUGGCAUGGCUGUACACUGGAAGUAGGCGCGGGGGAUACAGGGCCAGCCGUUGAUGGACUAGCACCGGGCGGAAUGAACGGCGCGACAGCUCGCGGUCUCGGCGCGGGGGGUUGCCAAAGCGAGUACACGGCGGAGGAGACACCGAUGGUUGAAUACGCGAAUGUGCAUUUUGCGCUGGAAGCCUUGCGCCAGGAGGCGAAGGCAACAGGGAAAGAUGGGCCGCGCGUGCUGAUUUUAGGGCCGGAAAAUGCAGGAAAGACGAGUGUAGCGAAGAUAUUGACGGCGUACGCUACAAAGGUGGAGAGACAGCCUAUCGUCGUUAACUUGGACCCGAACGAGGGUAUGCUGAGUGUCCCUGGCACGUUGACGGCUACUGCGUUCCGCACUAUGAUUGAUGUGGAGGAGGGAUGGGGGAGUAGUCCUAUGUCCGGGCCGAGUGCUGUUCCUGUGAAGUUGCCUUUGGUCUAUUUCUAUCCGAUGCAGAAUCCGCUUGAGGCAGAGGGGUCUGUUUAUAGACCUAUUGUGUCACGGUUAGCGCUCUCGGUGAUGGGACGUAUGGCGGAGGAUGAGGAGGCCAGAGAAACAGGUGUCAUUGUUGAUACGCCUGGUGUAUUAAGUCAGGGUAAACCCGGGAGCCUUGAGACGAUCAAUCACAUUGUGACGGAGUUUUCGAUUACUACUAUUCUGGUUAUUGGCUCGGAACGUCUAUAUAGCCUCAUGAUGAAGAAUUACGAUAACAAGCCGACAUCUAGUGCGUCUGCCGUCGCAUCAGAUGAGCGCAUUACUGUCGUGAAGCUCUCCAAAUCGGGCGGAUGUGUAGAUCGAGACGCAGCAUUCAUGAAGGGAGUACGAGAGUCCCAAAUCCGGACAUACUUCUUUGGAAACCCCAUUCCUUCCACCGCGUCUGCCGCUCUUUCGCUCUCUGCAUCGUCUACCACCAACGUCACGCUUUCUCCGCACGCUCAACAGCUCGACUUCAACUCGCUGGGUAUCUUCAAUUAUACUAUUGCAUCGCUAGAGGAAGAUGAAGAUGAGUAUGAUCCGUCUCAAUUCGGCGCCAGUGAUGCGUUCCUUCCUGGUGGAGGUAACGACGCGGAGACCAGCCAUACACAGCAGCAAGAUGAGGCUUCUCGUGCUACACCCUUGCCCGGCAUAGUCUCCACUACUGAGAGCGCUACUCCAGGCGCCGCUACUAAUGUCCCACUGAAAAAAAUCUCACCCCCGGCACCAACCACACUCGCCAACUCCCUCCUCGCAAUCACCAACGCCCCUCCAACAGCCAGUGCGGCCGACGUCCGUGAUGCCAGUAUCAUGGGAUUCCUGUAUGUGGCCGACGUGGAUAGUGAGAAGGGCAAGAUUCGUGCUCUGGCCCCGGUGGGAGGACGAGUGCCUCCUCGGGCGAUCGUCUGGGGGAAGAAAUGGCCCGGCGAGGUGGUGGGAUUGGUUGGGUAAAGUGGCAGCUACUAAGUAUAGGUGGGAUGUUUUCCACCAAGUUGAUGAUUGUGAUUCCCCCUUCCAGAUGUCGCCGCUUUUAUCUGGGGUUCAUAUAAUCCAACCGCUUCCACUCCCUGUGUACUCACCGAUUCCUUUGGGCACACACGAAACACUCCAGGACCGCUCACGGCAGCGCCCACGGCACGUGGCUGUCUCUUUUCUCAUUGGCAUCGAGGACUCUGCCCAGUAUUGAGACUA